AUGGACUCAGCGGUACACACCACUCUCACGGUGUCGGAGGUGCUCGCACUGGAAGACAAGAAAGGCCUCGGCUUGACACCGGCGCUGAUCAGGCUCUACCUUGUGCUGGCCCCCGCCACUCUGGUGGUCUGCGCCACCAACGGCUUUGAUGGCUCCGUCCUCAACGCUCUCCAAGGAAUCGACAGGUGGAAGGACCAGUUCGGGAAUCCGAACGGAGCCUUGCUCGGGAUCACGAGCUCAGCAUACGCCCUCGGCGCCAUAGGAUCGACCCCAUUCUCUGCCAUUGUUUCUGACCGCUUUGGCCGACGAUGGUCCAUCUUCAUCGGCAGCAUCAUCAUGAUGCUCGGCGUCGUCUUGCAAUGUGUCAGCAAGAGCAUUGGGCUUUUCAUCGGCGGACGUGUCGUCGUCGGUUUCGGUAUCUCUCUUGCUUUGGCUGCGGCGCCGAUUCUGCUCGCAGAGUUGGCCCACCCGCGACACCGGGUUUUCUUCUCUGCCAUGUACAACUGCAGCUUCGCCCUAGGCUCCGUGCUCGCAGCAUGGGUGGCCUACGGCAGCGUCCACAUUCCAAGUUCCUGGGCCUGGCGGCUUCCCACGCUCUUCCAGGCAUGUCCAGCGCUCAUUCAGACGAGCGCGAUCUGGUUCCUCGACGAGUCGCCUCGUUGGCUGUGCUAUAAAGACCGCGGCGAUGAGGCCUUUGCCAUCCUGGUCAAGCACCACGGGGGCGGCGACCCAAAUCAUCCUCUGCCAAUCGCCGAGUACCACGAGAUGUGGGAAGCCCUGCAGCAGGAGAAGCAGAUGAAGCACAAGGGGCUUCGCCUGUUCCUGCAGACACGGGAGAACCGCAAGCGGCUCAUGAUCCUGAUCUGCCUCGCCGUCUUCGGUCAGUGGAGCGGCACUGGGCUGAUUUCCUACUACCUUCCGAAGAUCCUGGAAAGUAUUGGCAUCACCGGACAGCAGGAGCAGACGCGGCUCAACGGCAUCGUUACCACCGUCAACUAUGUCACCAGCUUCUGCGCCGUCAUUUUUGCCACCAAGGUCGGCCGUCGGGUCUUGUUCGUCGGCGGAGGUACCUUCAUGUGGCUGUCGCUCGUUGGCUUUGCGACCUCGGUGGCCGUCUACAACCAGCACAAGUCGCCAAGUGCGGGCCGCUCGUCCCUGGGUUUCAUCUUCAUCUUCAACACGGGGUACAACUUCUGUCUCAUCCCGACCCUGUACCUGUACUCGACUGAGAUUCUGCCCUACCGUUUACGCGCAAUGGGUCUCAGUAUCUCAGUCUUCACCACGAAGGCCUCCCUUUUCUUCAACCAGUUCGUCAACCCGAUCGGGCUGAACGCGAUCGGCUGGAAGUACUACUUCGUCUAUGUGGGAUGGGUGGCUAUCGAAGUUCUGAUCAUGUUCCUCUUCUUCCCUGAGACGAAGGGCCACACGCUCGAGACUAUGCCAGAAGUCUUUGGAGAGCAUGUCCUGGACAACAAGAAGAUCAUGGCGAAUGAAGACGAUGUCCAAGUUGUGGAGUUGGGUGGCAGUCCCAAAGGAUUGGAUCGGAACAAGGGCUAUUCUGAGCACGUCCAGGAUGUUGGCGUCUAG